UCUUACCUUCCACUCUCCUCCAGCCGUAGCGCGCCUUCCAAACGGAUAAACCUUCUCCUUCUCUUUUCGUUUCUCUGCCUUUCUCUCCACAAAGCUUUGAAAACUUCAAAAACCAAACAGCAAAAACGAAGAAAAAAUUUUGAAAUGCUGACAAACCCUAGCGGCGUACGAAGCACGCCGUGCUAUUCUCACCCUUCGUAUUUCACUUUCUCCAACCGUUGCAAACUCCUUUUAUCUCCAAAUUGCCCUCGCUUUCUUAGUUCCAAAAAGUCCUCUAAGUUUUGCCCUCUCUCGCUGCUUUUACCCAGAAAUGGCGUUCCCAGUAACCGCUUUGCCGUUAGAGCUUUGGCGGAACCGGAAGUUUCCGAGUCGGAUGCUGCUGCUGCCGACGGAUGUGGUGGUGCUGGUGGUUCCUGUUUUCUGCAACCGGUUUCUGUUAAAAUUCCUUUUGGAGAUAGAGAGAUUCUGGUUGAGACAGGUCACAUAGGGAGGCAAGCCAGCGGUUCUGUAAUGGCAACGGAUGGAGAAACCAUUGUAUACACAUCUGUUUGUUUGUCAGAUGUCCCAAGUGAGCCUUCUGAUUUUUUCCCACUUAGUGUUAAUUAUCAAGAACGUUUUUCAGCAGCAGGUCGGACUAGCGGUGGUUUCUUUAAACGAGAAGGGAGGCCAAGGGAUAAUGAGGUUCUUAUUUGUAGACUGAUUGAUAGGCCUUUGCGUCCAACUAUGCUUAAGGGCUUCUACCAUGAAACUCAGUUAUUAUCCUGGGUUUUGAGUUAUGACGGUUUGCACUCCCCAGAUGCUUUAGCAAUUACUGCAGCCGGUAUAGCAGUAGCUAUUUCAGAAGUGCCACACUCAAAAGCUAUAGCAGGGGUUCGAGUUGGUUUGCUUGGUGAUAAAUUUGUUGUGAAUCCAACGACAAAGGAGAUGGAAGACUCAACAUUAGACCUAUUUUUGGCAGGCACAGAUGGUGCUAUAUUAAUGAUAGAGGGUUAUUGUGAUUUUCUAUCAGAAGAAAAGUUGCUGGAAGCAGUACAAGUUGGGCAGGAUGCGGUGAGAGAUAUCUGCACCUCUGUGGAGUCUUUGGUUAAGAAGUGUGGGAAACCAAAAAUGCAUGAUGCAAUCAAAUUGCCACCUCCUGAGCUUUAUCGGAUUGUGGAAAAAAUUGCUGGUGAUGAAUUGCAUAAAGUGCUGCAAAUUAGGAGUAAAAUACCAAGAAGAAAGGCCAUCUCAUUGUUAGAAGAGAAAGUUAUUAACACACUGACAGAUAAAGGCUAUAUCAGUACAGAGGAUACACCAGGGACUGUUGAAACAAUCCAAGACUUGCUUGAUGAGGAAGAUGAGGAUGAAGAAAUUGUUGUUGAUGGUGAAGUAGAUGAAGGUGAUGUGCACAUAAAGCCGGUUUCUCGAAAAUCCACUCCCUUGUUUACUGAGGUGGAUGUGAAGCUGGUAUUUAAGGAUGUUUUAUCCAAAUUCUUACGGAGACAUAUUGUGGAGGGAGGAAAAAGAAGCGAUGGGAGGUCCCCAGAAGGGAUACGUCCAAUCACAUCAAGAUGUGGAUUGCUUCCAAGGGCCCAUGGAAGUGCUCUCUUUACACGUGGGGAGACACAGUCACUGGCGGUGGUCACACUUGGUGAUAAACAAAUGGCACAAAAAGUGGACAAUCUAGCAAAUGUAGAGGAAUACAAGAGGUUCUAUCUUCAGUACUCAUUUCCUCCAUCAAGUGUUGGAGAGGUCGGCCGAAUGGGAGCACCUAGUAGGAGAGAAAUUGGACAUGGAACUCUUGCAGAGAGAGCUCUUGAGCCUGUAUUGCCUACCGAAGAUGAAUUUCCUUACACCAUACGAGUUGAAAGUACCAUUACUGAAAGCAAUGGUUCCUCAAGCAUGGCAUCUGUUUGUGGAGGUUGCUUGGCAUUGCAAGAUGCCGGUGUUCCACUAAAAUGCUCUAUUGCUGGGAUAGCAAUGGGUUUGGUAUUGGACACAGAAGAAUUUGGAGGAGAUGGUACACCACUUAUUCUUUCUGACAUUACUGGAGCUGAAGAUGCUUCUGGGGAUAUGGAUUUUAAGGUUGCUGGAAAUGAAGAUGCCAUAACUGCAUUUCAGAUGGACAUAAAGGUAGGAGGGAUAACCUUACCUAUUAUGAAAGAGGCACUCCUACAGGCAAGGAAUGGUCGCAGACGUGUUCUUGCUGAAAUGAUGAAAUGUUCUCCUCCCCCUGCAAAAGGUCUCUCAAAGUAUGCUCCACUUAUUCAUAUCAUGAAGGUUGCUCCAGAGAAAGUUAACAUUAUUAUUGGUUCUGGUGGGAAGAUGGUGAAAAGCAUUAUUGGAGAAACUGGAGUUGAGGCUAUUGACACACAAGAUGAUGGAAUUGUAAAAAUCACUGCAAAGGAUUUGUCAAGUCUGGAGAAGACCAUAUCCAUUAUUAGCAAUCUGACAAUGGUUCCAACUGUCGGUGAUAUUUACAGGAACUGUGAGAUCAAAUCAAUAGCUCCAUACGGUGUUUUUGUUGAGAUAGCUCCAGGGCGUGAGGGACUUUGCCAUAUUAGUGAGCUGACUUCAGACUGGUUGGCCAAGGCAGAAGAUGCUUUUAAAGUUGGUGAUCAUGUUGAUGUUAAACUUAUUGAGGUUAAUGGUAAGGGACAACUUCGCCUUAGCCGCCGAGCACUUCUUCCUGUUCCUGAAACAAAUCCAGAGGAACCCAGUUCAAAGCAGCCUACUGGCGACACUGCUGAAGUUAUUGCUGAUUCUGAUAAAGCAUCUGACAAAAGUACACCUAAAAAAUAUGCAACCGAUGCCAAAGCAGAUGCUUUAGCUGAAGAGAAGAUUGAACAAGUCAAAGAUAAAAGUAGUGCUACCAAACUUGCUAGCUCACCCGAAAGUAAUUCUACAGAGAACACUCUACUGCCACGAAAGAAGGCUUUUAAGAGAAUAAGGAAGAGCAGCAGUAAAGCUGUCACUGGUGUCUCUGGCAAAGAUGUGACCUUGUGAGGAAGGUGACAGAAAAGCUUCCACACUUUAGAAGAAAUAGAGGUACAUUCAUCAUAACAUAACUGGAAUCCUGCACUUGGUCUGUGAAAUCUGAUUCAGUAGCCGGUGUGGAACCUAAUGAGAUGUUGCUUCCACAGAGUAAUGUUAUUAAAGAAGCCAAAGGCAGAAAAGCUUGGCACAGCUUUAUCUCAAGUUUUGUUUCAGUAAAAACAUUUUGCUAGAUGCUUGGAAAGUUUCGACGUAUUGAUUUUAUGCUCUACCCCUGCUACCCUUUUUGUGUGCAAAACUUGAAUUACUUUCAUUCAAUGUUCAUUUAAAAUUUAUUGAUUAUUCAUGUUCAACUCAAAAUCAUUUUAUUUUCAUAAUACUGUGUGGCUGUUUGGUCGGACAACGCAUGUCCAAUUGUUUUUUCUUUUUUUUUGAUAAAAUGAUAAGUUAAUCAUUAAAAUAAGGAACGGUACAAAAUUGUUUUAGCAGAGUCGGCCAUCAUUAAAAUCUGUAGAAAGUUGGGAGGUUCAAAUGCAUUACAAAACACGGAUCGGUCAUGUCAGCAUUGGAGCUGGUAUUACAGAAGUCCCCUUUUUUGGGGUCAUAGCCACCACCUUUUCUUGCGAAGGCAUCGGCGCAUUGAUUGGCAUCAAGGAAGAUACUGGUUCAACAUAAUCGUGCAAUCAUGAAUGAGAGGUUCAAGCACAAGGUUAGCAGAAUGAGUGCAUGGAGCAGUAAUGAAGCUAAUAACUGCAGUGGCAUCGAGCUCAAUUUCCAGGCGUUCAAUUCGCUUGGAGAUGGUAAGAGUAAGACUAUCUCUAAGUGCCCCGAGCUCAACUUCCACAUUAGUACUUUUUCAAUGAAUCUGAGGGAGCUAGCUGCCCAGUUGCCCAUGUGAUCCCUGGUAAUAGCUCCUGC